UGGCAGUCUUAGAGCUGCCGAGAUGCGAGCAUGCGCAAUGCGUGCCUGCCAGAGCGAGGGGAGGGUGGAACCUCCGCAUGGAGCAUGCGCCGUGCAUACCGGUGGAGGAGCGGAGUUCAGGAGGCCGGUCGGAGACAGGGUCUCCUUCUGUUGCCCAGCUUGGAGCACACCUGUGUGAUCUCGGCUCGCUGCAGACUCCGCCUCCCGGGUUCAAGCGAUCCUCCUGUCUCAGCCUCCCGAGUAGCUGGGAUUACAGGCACCCGCCACCACGCCCGGCUACUUUUGUAUUUUUAGUGGAGACGCGGUUUCACCAUGUUGGCCAGGCUGGUCUCGAACUCCCGACCUCGAGUGAUCCUCCCGCCUCGGCCUCCCAAAGUGCGGGGAUGACAGGCGUGAGCCAACUCGCCCGGCCACACAGUUGCCUUUUUAUGUGAUGCGCAUCAUGUAGAUGGAAGAGAAAUCAAACGGCCCCAUCUACCGGGGUGGGAUUGCAGCCUGUUCCAAUGUCUCAUUUAUUCCCUGGGUGCUGGGAGAGUCUCUGGGAUGACAAGACUGAUGGUUCCUGACCCAGGCCAGGGCAAUGCAUGACUUUUGACGCCUCGGAGAAGCUCUUCCUUCCUGGACUGUAUUCUGACACAGAGUGCGUCUGACGCUUUACCCAGCGGCGCCCAGAGCGACCUUCAUCGCGGCCACCGGCCAGCACCGUCUUCUGGAUCUUCAGCGGCUUGAGGAACUUUCUGUCCGCUUCUGGGUUGACUGAAUUUUUAUCGUGAAAAGGCACUGCCUUUGCUCAAAUGCUUUUCCUGCAUUUCUGCAAAUGGUCAUAUCUCCGAGUCGAGAUCACGCACACCGUUUUCCAUAAUCCAGGGAUUUGGAGCCGCCGGAGGGAUCUCCGAGUCGAGAUCACGCACACCGUUUUCCAUAAUCCAGGGAUUUGGAGCCGCCGGAGGGAUCUCCGAGUCGAGAUCACGCACACCGUUUUCCAUAAUCCAGGGAUUUGGAGCCGCCGGAGGGAUCUCCGAGUCGAGAUCACGCACACCGUUUUCCAUAAUCCAGGGAUUUGGAGCCGCCGGAGGGAUCUCCGAGUCGAGAUCACGCACACCGUUUUCCAUAAUCCAGGGAUUUGGAGCCGCCGGAGGGAUCUCCGAGUCGAGAUCACGCACACCGUUUUCCAUAAUCCAGGGAUUUGGAGCCGCCGGAGGGAUCUCCGAGUCGAGAUCACGCACACCGUUUUCCAUAAUCCAGGGAUUUGGAGCCGCCGGAGGGCCUGUUCCUGCCCCUGGGUCCCUGGAGACUUCGCAGAGGAACUAACAGGGCCUGGUGAAAGGCCUUCAUCACCAACCCACUAGGAACUGUUCACCGUGUGCCCGGGGCUGCGUCUGGCACAGAGGUGAACGCUGAAGCCAUCCCCCCACCCCCGCGUUCACCCCCAGAUCCCCAAGACGAGAGAGCGUUCCGUGAGGUCCAAAUAAACGUCCCUCCUGGCACCUUCAAGGAUGUGGUUUUUCUUUUCUUUUUUUUCGAGGCAGGGUCUUGGUCUGUUGCCCAGGCUGGGGUGCAGUGGCAUGAUCUUGGCUCACUGCAGCCUCCAAUCCUUGGGCUCAAGCAGUCCUCCUGCCUCAGCCUCCCAAGUACUGGGACCACAGGCAUGCACCACCGUGCCAGCCUCAUUUUGUAUUUUCUGUAGAGAUAGGGUCUCCCUAUGUUGCCCACGCUGCUCUGAAACUCUGGGCUCCAGCGAUCCUCCCAUCUCGGCCUCCCAAAGUGCUGGGAUUACAGGUGUGCACUACGGCUCCCAGCCCUGAUGAUGGGCUUGGAGAACAAGAGGGUGAUAACGUCGCCAAAUUCAAACUCACGUCCUCCUGCUUCUGAGCAUGUUGAGAGCUGGUGGGCGGGGAGGUGGGUGUGGGGCUGCGGCUCUGGGCUCCCCAGGUGCCCACGCUGAGCUGUCCAGGAGGCUGACAGGGAGGACGUCCCUUCGGUAUCCCCCUUUUGCCGCAGAAGAGCCCGUGUGGACCCCUGAGUCCCUGACCACCAGGCAGCCAAGGCCAUCUUGGGGUCUCCGGAUUGAGACCCCAAGAGAGGGUUCCUGGAUCUCGUGCAAGAAAGAAUUCACGGCAAGUUUGCAGUGCAAAAUAAAAGCAAGUUUAUUUAGAAAGUAAAAUGGGGCCGGGCGCGGUGUUUCACGCCUGUCAUCCCAGCACUUUGGGAGGCCAGGGCAGGUGGAUCAUGAGGUCAGGAGAUUGAGACCAGCCUGGCCAGCACGGUGAAACCCCGUCUCUACUAAAAAUACAAAAAAUUAGCCGGACGUGGUGGUGGGCACCUGUAA